GUAGUUGCCAACAAUCCAAGUCUCCACUAAAUGAGCCUAAAACGUUAACGAACACACUGUUCCUAGACGACCUUCCUAUCUUCGUGGGUACUUGUCCUCUCUUCUCUGCACUCCCUCCGUUUCACCUUAGUACUACGCUACUAGCUACUAGCCGCAGCUGCAUCUGCACUAGCUAAAGAUUCUCCCAGACGAUGGGGCAAAAGUAUUUAUGGUUGGCUUUUUGUUUGUGGGCUUUGACAUGCUCACUUCUUCCUUCUUUCUCCUUCGGACUUAUGAGAAUUGGUUUGAAGAAGAGAGAUCUAGAUCUUGAUAGUAUCAGAGCAGCUAGAAUGGUAAGAGAAAAGCUAAGAUUAGGCAGACCUGUGUUGGGUGCAUACGAUCAGUAUGUUGGCAAACCAACCGAUGAGGGCAUAGUACCUCUGAAGAAUUAUUUGGAUGCACAAUAUUAUGGAGAGAUUGGCAUUGGCACACCCCCACAGAAAUUUGGUGUCAUAUUUGAUACUGGUAGUUCCAACCUUUGGGUUCCAUCAUCAAAGUGCUAUUUUUCUCUUGCUUGCUACACCCAUCGGUGGUACAAGUCAAAGAAAUCCAAAACAUAUACCAAAAAUGGAACAUCAUGUAAAAUAACAUACGGAUCUGGAUCAAUAUCUGGUUUUUUCAGCAAUGAUAAUGUUAAAGUUGGUGAUAUUGUUGUCAAGAAUCAGGAUUUCAUUGAGGCUACCCGAGAAGGAAGUCUUUCCUUUGUGUUAGCAAAAUUUGAUGGAUUACUUGGGCUUGGGUUUCAGGAGAUCUCGGUUGAAAAUGCUGUGCCAUUAUGGUACAAUAUCGUGCGGCAAAAUCUUGUAAGUGAGCAGGUGUUCUCUUUUUGGCUCAACGGGGAUCCAAAUGCAAAGGAGGGUGGUGAACUAGUUUUUGGAGGUGUUGAUCCAAAACACUUUAAAGGAAAUCAUACUUAUGUUCCAGUUACUAAAAAAGGUUACUGGCAGAUUGAAAUGGGAGAUUUUUUCAUUGGAGGUCUCUCAACAGGUGUUUGUGAGGGUGGCUGUGCUGCUAUUGUGGAUUCAGGAACAUCUUUGCUUGCUGGUCCUACUACUGUUGUAACUGAAAUCAACCACGCUAUUGGAGCUGAAGGAGUUCUAAGUGUAGAAUGUAAGGAAAUUGUUGCUGAUUAUGGAGAAUUGUUGUGGGAUCUCUUGGUAUCAGGGGUAAGACCAGAUGAUGUAUGCUCACAAGUUGGUUUAUGCUUCGCCAAAAGGGCUCAAUCAGAGAGCAAUGGUAUUGAGAUGGUGACUGAAAAGGAACAGAGAGAGUUGUCAGCUAAAGAUACUGCUUUGUGCACUUCCUGUCAGAUGCUUGUGGUUUGGAUUCAGAAUCAGCUAAAACAAAAGAAAACAAAGGAGAGAGUAUUCAGCUACGUAAGCCAGCUGUGUGAGAGCUUGCCAAGUCCAAAUGGAGAGUCAGUAGUAAACUGUAAUAGCAUUUCUCUAUUGCCAAACAUCACGUUUACUGUUGGAGGCAAACCUUUCACCCUCACCCCUGAGCAGUAUAUUCUGAAAACUGGAGAAGGCAUUGCAGAAGUUUGCCUUAGUGGCUUUAUUGCUUUUGAUAUUCCUCCUCCACGGGGUCCUCUCUGGAUUCUUGGCGAUAUUUUCAUGAGGGUAUAUCACACUGUCUUUGAUUAUGAGAAUCUCCGAGUUGGUUUCGCCAAAGCUGCUUAAGAAGACAUCUAGGAGAUUAUGUAGGGCAUGUUUUAAUAAGCUUGUUAGCGUGUUGUAAAUAAGCUCGUCUGUAACUACUAUGCUCAGGUUCACAUUAUAGAUUUCGUGAUGUACUUGUGAACCAUAGCAUGCACGUCGGUUGGAGUAUUGUGUGUUUGUACUUGAAGGGACCAUUUUCAUUAAACUAAACUAUGCACGUAGAUGAUAUAUUAUAGCCUUAUGUGCCAUGUCAAUGAGAAUACCAAUGGAUGAAUUGAAAUUUCUGCUACAUUUAGAUUCUCUA